AUGGAGAUUGUAAAUGCAUUUGAUGGGCUCGCUCCACCAUCUGCAUCUACUUGUGCGACAUCCUCUUCAUCAGCAUUGCCCUGCAAUGUUUUUAUUAAUCACCGUGGACCCGAUGUUAAACACAAGCUCGCCACAGAUAUCUACAAUGCCCUCCAUUCAAUGGGUCUCAACGUCUUUCUUGAUUCCCAUGAUCUUCACUUAGGGGAUUUCUUCCCUUCAGAACUACAACAAGCACUGUCUAGUUCUUCCCUUCAUGUAGCGAUUUUUUCUCCUACAUAUGCGAAAUCGCCAUGGUGUCUUGCCGAGCUAUCCUUUAUGCUUAAGACUGGCACACCUAUUAUUCCCAUUUUCUACAGAGUACAACCUGAAGAUCUCCGCCAUUUGAAAGGAAUCUAUGCAGAUUCCUUUUCGGAGUAUGAAAAGAAGGGUAGAUAUAUAGACAAGCUUGAGGAGUGGAAGAAGGCACUCCGGGAUGUCUCAUUUUAUAAGGGCGAAAGCGUCAACAAUGAAGAAGAGGAGCGAAGGGUGUUGAAGAAUAUUGUGAAUCGUGUAUUGGAAGUAACAAAUAUAGUACCAUUAAAGCUAACAAAAUAUCCUGUGGGUCUUGAAGAACUUGUAGCAGAUUUUGAAAUGACAGUUAGUCAAUUCACACAGCUCCUUGAGGAGUUAAAGUUCAAGGUAAAUCAUCAGCCAUUCAACAAUAUAGAGCAAGGGAAGAAUAUUCUGUCUAACUAUUUGAGAUCGGUUCCUGUAUUCAUUGUUUUGGAUGAUGUUGAUCAUCCAGAGCAACUAGAGGCUUUACUUCCGGCAAAGGAUAGCCUUGCACGUGAGAGUUUGGUAAUUGUUACGACACAGGAUAAGGAUGUUCUCAGGCCUUCCCCUAUAUUGGGAUAUGAGGAUCUUGUUGAAAAUUUCGUAAAUGUUAGCAAUGGGUUACCUUUGUCUUUAAAGGUAGUUGGAGCUCAGCUUUAUGGUCGCUUUAAUAAAGAUUUAUGGAAGGAGCUAUCGCAUAAAAUCUCUAGAAUUUUGCCCAGUGAUAUUAUAAAUAGGUUAAGAAUAAGCUACGAUGCAUUAGACAGAGAGGAGAAACAGAUGUUCUUGGAUGUAUCUUGUUUCUUUAUUGGUCAAGACAAGAUGACUGCCACUGCAGUAUGGGAAGGAUCAGGCUGGAGUGGUCAGUGGGGUUGGGAGAGCCUUGUAAAUAAAUGUCUUGUUGAUCUGGACAAUAAUAAUAAGAUAAAAAUGCAUGAUCAUCUCAGAGAUUUAGGAAGGGAUAUUGCAAGGACUCUUUCACCCUAUCGCUUAUGGUCUCCAGAUCAGUUUAUGGACAUCAGCAAACAAGAGGAGAUAAGAGGAAUAAUAUUGAAUACAGCAACGGAUGAUGUUCACAAGUUUCCUGGUUCCUUGUGGCAAAGAAGCAUGUGGCUUUGCGGCUUCAAAAUCCCUUAUGAAUUGAAAGUGUUUGUGGUAGGAGAAAAGUAUGGGAACUAUUUACACAUUGCCAAAUCAUCAAGAGAGUUGACAUUGCUUAGCUGCACCGGACUUCCUCAGAGAAAUCUUCCAUCAUGGAUGUCAUUAAAAAAUCUAAGAGUUUUAGAACUUCAUGGCUGCCACAAUAUAGCAGGCUUGUGGAAGGAUGGAGUAGAAGCUCCAGUGGAGUUAAGAGUGUUGAUUAUUUCUUCGUGCUGGAAAUUACAAAGUAUUCCAAAGUCCAUAGGAUAUCUCAAGAAUUUAAAAAAGAUAUCCCUGUCUCACUGCGCUGUAAAGAGUCUGCCAGAGGAAUUCUGUAGUCUUCAAUCACUGGAGCACCUACAGUUGAAAUAUUGUGACACGCUAUCAUCACUGCCCAGCUGUUUUGGCCAUUUGACAGACCUACGACAUCUAGAUUUGAGUUAUUGCAAAGCCUUGAAGAUGUUGCCAGAUUCUUGUAAGCAUCUCACACUCCUACAACAUUUUGAUUUAGAGGGGUGUCAGAGUCUUACUUUACAAUAG